GGGAGGGGGUUCUAUAUGUCAUUUGCUCACUGCUGUGAUUUGUUUGUUCGAGAGAGGGAGGGCCUGAGGGGGAUUUGGGAGGAGGUGGGGUACAAACCUAAAAACAGUAGGGUUUAAUGAUCAGCUAAUCCCCCCUCCUCUACUGUGAGGGCAGUUAUAUAGCACACGGCAGCCUGCUGCUCAUAUCACCUCAGCAGCAAGGAGGGAGAGAGAAGAGUUAAGAAGGAGAGGAGAAAUACAACGUAUUAGAAAAUAACUCCACAGUCCAGGACUAGAAAAGAGAACUACGAUGAAGACUCUUAGCUUGUUGGUGACGCUUGCCGGUUUCACUGCCGUUCUCUGUGUGGAGACCUCAACUAGGCAAGAAUAUCUCAAUCUGCCUAUCCUGAGUUUAUCCACAGCGCCGAGUCCAACAGAAGCAAAGUCUCGCUUUGCCAUGCUCGACGAUGUCCGCCUCCUUGCAAACGGCCUCCUCCAGUUAGGACAGAGUUUACGGGAGUUCGUCCACAAGACCAAGGUCCAAAUCAACGACAUCUUCCAGAAGCUCAACAUCUUCGACCGCUCCUUUUACCAGCUCUCCGUGGUCACUUCAGAGAUUAAGGAGGAAGAGGAAGAGCUCAAGAAGACCACCAACUUCUUGAAGGCAAACAAUGAGGAGAUCCGCAACUUGUCGCUGGAAAUCAACUCAAAGAUCAACAGCAUCCUGCAGGAGCGAACGCAACUCCUGAGCAAGGUGGGGAGUCUGGAGGACAGGCUGAAAGGACUGUCGCAGAGCGUGAUCCCUGCUGACCAGCUCAGUGAAAUAACAACGCUUAAGGACGUGAUAGAAGCUCAGGAGAAAACGAUCACCAGCCUCCUGAAAGCUGUGAACGAGCAGCACGACCAGCUUGACAACCAGAAAAUCAAGAUUAAAAAUCUGGAGGAGAAGCUCAGUUACGACAGUUUUCAGGACACAGUCGAUAAGCCUGUGAAUUCAGACUCUGCGGCCCCUGAUUUGUUUGAAUAUCUGACUGGAAACUCCACUGGCCUGGACACAAUCGAAUUUGCCGCAGAUUGCAGUGAGCUGUUUAACAAAGGAGAGGCCAACAGUGGGAUUUACAUUGUCAAACCAAACCAAUCAGAACCGUUCAAUGUUUACUGCGAAAUGGAUUCAGAUGGAGGUUCGACAGUCAUCCAGCGCAGAGUUGAUGGUGCAGUCGAGUUUGACCAGCCGUGGGAGAACUAUGAGAAAGGCUUUGGAGACAUGGAAAAGGACUUCUGGCUGGGCCUGAAGAAGAUCUACAGCCUCACUCAGCAGGGGAGUCACAUCCUGCGUGUGGAUCUAGAGGACUGGAAGGAGGAGAAGCACUGGGCCGAGUACCGCUUCUCACUGGAAGGUCCCUCCAAGGACUACACCCUUCAUGUCAGCCACCUGUCGGGUGACUUGUCGGACGUUAUGGGAAAUGGUACCGGCAUCAGAUUCUCCACAAAAGACAGAAACAAUGACAACCACCGCAGUGCUAACUGUCUUCGUAAUUACACAGGAGGGUGGUGGUUCAACGUUUGCGGCGAAACCAACCUUAACGGAAGGUACUUGUGGUUGAGGGCAAGAGGACGCUCAGUCAGGAGGAAGGGAAUCCACCUGAGGUCUAGCACCGGAUCAUCAUACAACCUGAAGAUGACCAAGCUCACCAUACGCCCAGCCCCGACUGCUGACAGCACCAACUAGGCCCCACAGCUCAAACAAAGCCCCCCGGCGCUUUCUGCAUACACUGACAAUAUCCAAUGCUCGGCCAAAAAUUUCCAUUGAAGCACCGCUCGCUUUUCCUAUGCCUGCGUCAAAGCCAGCGGCGGACAUCCACAUCGUAUGGCAUCGUAUGAUGCAACAUGACAUGUCGGUUGUUAACCUACAGGGUGUAAUUCAGCUAGGACAGCAGAACUGUUGUUAUGCAACCGCUGCAAUCACUUGCAAAACAGAUAUAUCGAUCCACAUCAGCAACCCAAUUAAGUGUCAGCUGACAAAGGUCAGAAAGCCGCAGCCGGGCAAAUGACUGUUGAGGAGCUUCAAACCUAAAUGUGGGACUGCUUCGCCAUUUUUAGGUUCACUGAAAUGUAUCUGACACCUUCUAUGUUAACCAAGCCAUUUCACUGUACAUUUUAUUUUUGUGAUGUUAUGCUAACUUGCAUGUUUUCAGGAAUGAGAGGCGCAACAGCCAACAGACUAUUACAUAAAGCAUGUAAAAUUUACAUCAAGGCUCCAGAAAAACUGCACGUCCGACUCCU